AUGGCCUUCACGAAUAUCCUUACCAAGCUUGGUUACGGAAUCCUCAUCCGAGGAGCACUAUUAUCGGUCCACGCCAGCGAGCAGGAAAGAUCAGUAGUUUUCGUUGCAGAAUCAGCGCCCUCCGAUGCAGGUGUUCCCUUGGAAAGCUUCGUCACUUACAGUAUAGAGUUUUCCUCCUUUCCAGACUUUGCAGGCAACAAAUCUGCACCAAAUGAAUUCUCCGACAACCUCUUGGAAAAUCUCGGUAAUCUACAGGGCACGAAGCCACAUAUACGUGUCGGCGGCAAUACUCAAGACUAUGCAGUCUUCAAUGAGUCGCUGGACGUGGCAUCAGUGGGCAUUGUGAACCCGGAUAUUUCUCCUGACUAUCCGACCACUUUGACUAUUGGGCCAAAAUAUUUUGAGUCGUAUCAAACAUGGCCAGGUGUGCAGUUUGUGCAUGGAUUCAACCUCGGACGCAACAGCUCUACAGCAAGGCAAGGACUCCUCGACUCUGUAUCGUACGCAUGCGAAGCUCUGAGAGACCGACUCCUGUUUUGGGAGCUUGGUAACGAACCAGAUCUGUUCAAAACUUCUGCUCAAGGGCCAGUGAGACCUCGAAACUGGACAGAGCACGACUAUGUCGAGGAAUGGCAACAUUGGACAAGGGCCAUCCGAGUGGAGAUGGGACAGUCCUGUCCCGAGCUUGCAAGCAACGAGAGCUAUCAGUACUACGCGCCAUCGUUCUCGGGAACGACGAAUAGCUUGGAGCCACUGAGAACAUGGCAAGCUGGACUGAACGAAGAUGGCAUCAUUGGCAUGAUCAGUUCUCACAACUACAUCUCCGGUGCCGGAUCUCCUGGUGUCACUUUGCGAGGCACUCUGAUGAAUCACACCUCUACCGUGAACUCGGUCAGAAAACACGUCAACUCGUCUCGCCUAAUUCACGAACUUGAGCCUGACCUGCCCUACAUCCUCGGCGAGACCAAUUCUUUAUACAAUCAAGGUCGGCCAGGCCUCUCCAACACUUUCGGCGCAGCCCUGUGGGGCGUCGACUUCAAUUUGUGGUGCGCAGCGAACAACAUCCGACGCGUACACAUGCACAUGGGCACGAAUUACCGCUACCAAGCUUGGCAGCCUAUCGACACCGAUCUCGUAGCCAAAGGAACGAAAGCGCCAUAUUACGCGAGUAUCGCUGUCGCAGCCUUCUUGGGCAAUAUCACCGAUUGCCCACCCAAGAUUAUCAACAUCCCACUUCAAAAGGACACAGAAGCGGCGUAUGCGUCUUACCUGGACGGAAACCUGCGCAAAAUCAUCGUGAUUAACAUGCAAUCGUAUAACGCGACGGACUACAAUGAGGAGUACCUGACCCCGUAUCCUCGACCAACCGAGACGUACACUUUCCAGCUUCCGACUUCUUUUGCAGAUUCCAAAGUCGAACUACAGCGUCUUUCUGCGAAUGGUAGUGAUGCGAUCACCGGAAUUACGUUCGAUGGAUACAGCUACAAUUUUGAAUUGGAUGAAGGUCGACCGGUGGCACUAAGCAAUGUCACGAGAGGAGAGGUGGCAACUGUGAAUGAUGAAGGCAGGAUUGAGGUGGAUGUUCUGAGGAGCGGAGCUGUGAUCCUGAACUUUUGA